AAAUUUAGAACCUUGACCUUUAACCUCUGACUUGAAAGAGAAACAACAGCAAAAAAUGGAUGUCAAAGAAGAUGGGAUUUUAGGGCCUGUCGCCAACAAAAUCGGCGUCCCAACUGAUAUGAAGUUUCAUGAUAAUUCUAUGGAAUUAGAACGAGCACUGAUAUUUUUCGGAGGUGAAGCAAUCUGUUUACUAUGCUCGAUCCUUUAUUACAAAUAUCUUCCUCCAUCCAAGGUGGACGCCACAGUCAGGCACAUAGUUGCUAUGAAUAUUGGAUUUACUGUUGGGUAUUUCAGUUUUGGGAUGCAGUUUAACCAUGUUGUUGCCCAGUCUCUUCUAUGCUAUACAGCAAUGUUGUUGCUACCUCAGUCAGUAAUGCAUAUAGUAGUGUUUGGUUUAGCUUUGUCCUAUCUAGUUUUGCUACAUCUGUACAGGGCUUAUAUGAUUCCUGAGGAUGUAUUGUACAGUAUAGAUGUAUCAGGACCACUAAUGAUAACCACAGAGAAAAUCAGCAGUCUAGCAUGCAGUAUUUACGAUGGUCGCCACGGCAACAAGGAUAAAUUAUCAGAUCUACAGAAAAGAUACAUGAUCAGUAAGCCACCAUCAGCUCUUGAGUACUUCAGCUAUUUAUUCUACUUCCAAGGGGUUGUUGUAGGACCCCUAAGUUUCUACAGGGAUUAUAUUGCUUAUGUGAAUGGAUCUGAUAUCAGUAAAAAACCAGAGAAGAAUGGAGUGCAAAACAACAAUGAAUAUGCUGGAAGCCAAAAGUUAUCUCCCUUUUCAGAUCCAGAAUUUAUAAGAAAACACAGUUUUCCAUUUCGUUUCUGGUAUAUGAUAUUCUCAAUGCUGUGUUGUAGAGCCAAGUAUUAUGUAGCCUUUUCUCUGGGUGAUGCUAUAUGCAAUGCAUCCGGUUUUGGAUUUAAUGGUUAUGAUACGAAAGGCCAACCAAAGUGGAAUCUAGUCACGAAUGUUAAUGCGAUUCAGGGUCAUCAUGACCCUCUUGUUAUGUUUCAGGGAGCAACAAGCCCCAAAUUGUACAUUGAUAACUGGAACAUCCAAACAGCAGUAUGGUUACGCCUUGUUUGUUACGAUAGAAUUCCUGUAAUGAAGAAACUUGCAACAUUUCUUCUCAGUGCAAUGUGGCAUGGCUGUUACCCUGGCUAUUAUUUCACAUUUAUGUUUGCUGCACCAAUCUCGGAGUCAGCCAGACAGGCACGCAAAAAGAUAAGGCCAUACUUUCAAGGGUCAAGGUCACUUCAGAUAUUUUAUGACAUACUGACAUGGAUUGGCACACAUAUUAUAAUCUCAUAUAUGGUUGUUCCAUUCACUAUUCUACACCUUAGACAAACCCUCACCUUUUACACAUAUAGUAUGUAUUGGUGCCUGCAUAUUGUGAUUGCUGUGAGCUUUGUUAUUCUGCCAUACAUUCCUGCUGCAACGUCAGCUUGCAAGACAAGUAGGAAAACAGAUAUUCUUGUUGAUACUCAUCAUGUAGAUGGUGUAGUGGACGGUAAACUGCUCCAUGAUGGGGUUGCUCACAAACAAACAGAUUCAAACAGGAUAAAAAAGGAUUAGUGACUUUUUGGAAGUAUGCUUGUAACUGCAGUAAUUUUUUUGUUCAAAGCUUUAAACCUUAUGUCUGCAGUAACUGUGCUUUACAAACAAGUGACAAGAGCUAACAGUUAUAGAAUAGCUACAAAUAUGUUUUUACUGGUUUUUACUGCAUCCAAAAGUAUUUUCAAUGUAAAAUUUUGCUUUUUUUAGCUUUGAAGAAAAGCUUUAAUGAGUUGAUUACUUUAAAAUUGCAUCAUGUUUGUUCAGCCCUGAUUAUGUAUCUGUAAUAAAGUGUGAUAAUUUUCUAUUAAAAAAUAAUAAAAUUUUAUCAAACGAAUUAACUAAAGCAGCACACAACAUGACAUGUUGAUAUUCUGAACGAGUUUUUCUAGUAUUACUUUAAAAUGUUCAUGAUUUUUUUGUCGAUGUUAUUCUUUUGCCAUAUCCUGGAUGUCCAGUGGAAAAUGUAUUUUGGCUCUAGCAUGACCAUACCUUAGAGCAGAAUUUGAAUUAUUUUUUUUAGCUCAUCUGAUUUUUUUGAAAAAAAAUGAUGAGUUAUUGUCAUCACUUGAGCGGUUGUCGGCGUUGGCGUCGGCGUUGCCUGGUUAAGUUUUAUGUUUAGGUCAGCUUUUCUCCUAAACUAUCAAAGCUAUUGCUUUGAAACUUGGAAUACUUGUUCACCAUCAUAAGCUGACCCUGUAUAGCAAGAAACAUAACUCCAUCUUGCUUUUUGCAAGAUUUAUGGCCCCUUUUGUACUUAGAAAAUAUCAGAUUUCUUGGUUAAGUUUUAUGUUUAGGUCAACUUUUCUCCUAAACUAUCAAAGCUAUUGCUUUGAAACUUGGAAUACUUGUUCACCAUCAUAAGCAGACCCUGUACAUCAAGAAACAUAACUCCACCUUGCUUUUUGCAAGAUUUAUGGCCCCUUUUGGACUUAGAACAUCAGUUUUCUUGGUUAAGUUUUAUGUUUAGGUCAGCUUUUAUUCUAAACUAUCAAAGCUAUUGCUUUAAAACUUGCAACACUUGUUCACCAUCAUAAGUUGACCCUGUACAGCAAGAAACAUAACUCCAUCCUGCUUUUUGCAAGAUUUA